UUUACGCUUGCGCACAUUUCCGUUAUCCGGGUAACUUUCGGUCCAAGAUGGCGCCCGUUGGCGAGAGAAAUGACAGAUUGGGUUCAUCAACGCCUGAUGAUGAUGAAAAUGAAGGCCAAAAUCUUUGGUCAACUAUCUUGGGAGAAGUACAGUCUAGCUCUUCAACAAAUUUACCUACAUCAAAAUCUAUUUUAGCUCUAGGAGAUACAGAAUGUGGUAAGACCACAUUAGUAGCCAAAUUACAGGCUACUGAGGAGCCAAAGAAAGGCACUGGUUUAGAAUAUUAUUAUAUAGAUGUCAAAGAUGAAUAUAGAGAUGAUCAAACUAGAUUAGGAGUAUGGGUAUUAGAUGGAGAUACAACACACACUAGUUUACUUAAAUAUUGUAUAACUGAAGAGAACUUUGAACAUAGUCUAGUCGUAUUAAUGGCAUCCAUGUCACAACCUUGGUCAAUAUUAGAAUCAUUAGAUAAAUGGGCACAUGUCUUACAACACCAUAUAGAUAGGAUGAAGCUUCCACCCGAAGAUAGGAGAGAAUAUGAAGAAAGUUUGGUACGAUACUUCCAAGAAUAUGUAGAACCUGUAGAGGGACAGACAACACAGUCUGCUCCACGUAGAGAUCACAAUCCUCUACAUCCACCAGCGGUACACAGCGAUAGUGACAAAGUUCAGCUACCGUUAGGUGAAAAUACACUUACACACAACCUAGGUAUUCCAAUUGUAGUAGUUAUAACACAGAGUGAUGCAAUCUCAAAGUUAGAAAAAGAACAUGACUACAGAGAAGAGCAUUUUGAUUUUAUUCAACAGCAUGUUAGGAAAUUUUGUUUAAAAUAUGGUGCUUCUUUGGUGUACACAUCAGUGAAAGAAGAAAAGAAUUGUGAUUUAUUAUAUGGAUAUUUAGUACAUAGAAUUUAUGGCUUCCCAUUUGAUAUGCCAGCAUAUGUUGUAGAAAAAGAUAGUGUAUUUGUUCCAGCAGGCUGGGACAAUGAGAAAAAAAUUAGUAUAUUAUUUGAAAAUUUACACAAUAUGAAACCAGAUGAUACAUAUGAAGAUAAAAUAGCCAAACCAAAAGUAGGAAAGCAAAUCCAGAGAGAUGCAGAAGUAGCAGUAGAAGAUGAACAAGUAUUCUUACUGAAACAACAAACUACAUUAAAUAAAACUCCAGCACCAGGCCCAGGAGGGGAAUCUCCUCAGCGGCCACCAGCAGGUACAUCUACAACCACUCCGCCAAGACAACAACAGACGACACCACAGUCUACAGCAUCACCUAAAAAGAUGGAGGGGGCAAAACCCGGUACAGCACCUGGAAGUGAAGGAAUGCUGGCUAAUUUCUUCAACAGUCUACUGAAUAAAAAUCCUAAAGGAGGCACACCUGUAGCUGGAAAUAAAGCAGGUUUAGGUGGAAAUCCUACCAGAAUUAGUCUGCAUGCAGCCUUAGAUGGGGACGUAAAAUUACGGACCCGAGAUAAAGCUGCCGUUUCUCAAGAUGCUGCUGCUGAAUUAGAGAGAAUGAAACGAACAAAGAAGACUGUACCUGAAGUAAAACCUAAUGGACCUGAUAGUACGGCCACAUGAUCUCACUUUAAUUCUAGUUACUCUUGACAAUUAUAAAAAUCUACAGCACUGGCCCUUUAAAAAAACAUAUAUAUCUGUGAUGGUCAGUAGCAUGGUCGAGCGGCCGAUAAAAUGCCAAAGGGACCAUUGGUGAAGUUUACCAUUUCCUAUCAUGCCCAAAGAAAACAAAUAACAGCUGGGAAAAUGUAAAUUUCAUGAGCCUGAAAAAUUAACAUGGUUGUGUGAGUGGCAAGAAGAGUAAUGUCCCUUUGACAUCAGGGUAGCCAUUGGGGAACAUGCUUCAGAGGUCAAAGGCUAAAGUGCAAAGUUAUAUUCUUGUUACAUCUUUUGUUUUCAUGGACGUAGAAUCUAGUCAGUCUGCUUGGCAUUACACAUUGUCAUAAUAUGUUUACAAAAUCACGCUGUGUACUAAAUUUUCUGGGCAAUUACCUUUUUUUAAGUCUCACAAGUUUUACUGUUUGUGUGUUCACAUUCCAUCAUUAGUUUGAGUGCACCUUUUAUAAUAUAACUACUAUAAAUUCAAACAGAAUAUAUCAUUAGAAAAAAAAACUUGCCUUUAUUCCUUUCAUCUCAUAUUCGAAAGUAAUUUUCAAAGACUUCCUAAUUCAGUUAUAUUGAAAGGAUGUACAUUUUUUUGUUAUUAUGUGAAAAAAAAAUAUAGAUCAAAUAAAAGAUUGUAUAAUUGGAAGAAGUCAAUUUUUUGCAUUUAGAAGUUCAACAUUUCAUGUAAAAAAAAAAUCAGUCAUUGGUUGAGAUUAUAUAUUAGAUUCUACACAAUGUGUAAAGUUAAACUCAUGUAGAAUUAUACUUUCAUAUGCACCUUCUUGGGUAUUGACCACUGAAAUGUUAGUUUGCUCACAUAAAAUAAUUGUGCAAUAGAGUUUAGUGCUGAAUUAAAACUUUCCUAUUGUAUCUAUUUGUUAGUCCGUUAUAUCACUCGGUUUGAAAGACAAGCAUGUGAACAAUUUUUGUUUUCAGAUUUUUACAAUUUCCAAAGAACUUUUUUUAAGUUCAAAUGGCCUUUUCAAAAUUUGUAUUGUUUUCACAUUACUGUUGGGAAACUUUUUUUUUUUUUUUUUUUUUUUUUUUGGAAGAUUACCUAUUUGCAUUUUUUUUUAAAGUACCAUUCAAAAUAAUGUGAUUUCAUAAAUAUGGCCCUGCCAAUUUCCUACUUGUCAAAAUGAUCUAAAUAAUUUUUUUUGAAACAAAAAGAAAUUGUUUCAAGAUAACAUACCAAAUAUUGACAGAUAUAUAAAAUGUUCAUGUCUGCAACAAUAAAGUUAUGUGGAACAUCUAUUUAUUGAAAUAUUCUUUAAUGAAGAUACAAUAGGAAAGUUUUAUUAUGAAUUAGAGGCAUUUUCUCAUUGAAUGUACACUCUUAAUCAUGAAAUUCCUAUAUGUAUCCAACCCUGAUGAAAUAUUCCAGUUACAAGGAAAUAUUUUUAAAUUGUUUAUGUAUGUUAUUGUAUAUUAUAUGUGAAGUUGCUGUGAAUAGUUCCUGUACAAAGUACUUGUAGAGGCUGCUUGAUGUUAUUGUAGGUCAUAAAUUAAUACCAAACUAUCGAUUUGGUGUGAUAUAAUGAAAUUAUUCAAAAUCUUGGAAGAGUAUCAUUUUAGAAUGAGUCAAAACUGCAAGUCAUAUGACCAAAUUUGUUUUUUAUUAUUUUAUAAUACUACAUCAGUGGACAUACAAAAUUGAUAUUUUAAAACUUAGUAAUUUAAAAAGAUGUGGAUACUCAUUCUGAUUAAAGUAAGAAGGUAUUGCAUUUUUAUAGUGCUUGCAAAUUUGAAGAGUGUUUUUCAAUUAUUUAUAUAUCUUUGAACUUAAAUUAAGGCUCUUUGAGUUCCUUGACACAAAACUUUUUUUUUUCAUUAUUUGGUGCAUUUUGUUAUUUAGAGCAGAAAUACAACUAAAUCAUUCAUUUGAUGCUUAUUCAGAAUUUUGUUUAGUAUUGUACAUAAAACCAAUUUGUAAAUGAUUGUUAUUUAUUUUAUGUAAAAAUUUUAUGUAAAUCAUGAAAGCUAAACUUUAUCAUUAUUAGUAAGAGGGUGUGUUUAAAGUAUAUGCAAUUUGUUUUCCUUGCUUACAAAGUGGAGAUUUUUUUGUGAGACUAUAUGAAGAGUGCCAUUGUAAAUAAUUUGGCAAGAAACCAUAAUUUGCCAUGAUGCUUUAACAACAAUGAAAGUAUUAUAAAUUUAGGCUGUUAUUUUAUGAAUUCUAAAUAUUUUAGCAGUCUGUAUUAAAAAAAAAGAUAUUUGUUCAGUCCCUUAAUUAGUGCUUUGUUAUGAUUAUCAUAGCAAUUAACUUAGUCCUAAAAAUUUGCAUUAAAUUUGUGCUUUUGGGAAAUACCCUUACGGUAACUCCCAUGGCUAUAUUAGAUCAAUGCAUUUUUUUUGUUUUUGGAUUUCACAUUAAGAUAAUUGUCUGCAGUUCAUACUAAAUACCUUGACACUGUGGUCAAUAAAUAAUUAUUACAACAGAUUGAUACAGAGUUAAUGCUGUUACUUGCUGUUGAUUGAAACAUAUUGGUGAUACUGUAACUGAACAGUUAAUAAGACAAAAUUAUACAGAUGUUUUAUGUAAGGGUUUACACUUGUAGAAUUUAGAAGUUGGUUACAGGGUUUGGAUUUUAAGUAAUUGGUUUAUGUGAAGUAUUGAAUGGCAGAAAUCAUGUAUGUUUGGUGCUGGCUAAAUACCAGAAAGUGCAUUUAUGUAUGAUAUGAAUUGAUUGUUGAAAACUGAAUUUAGUUUAAUCAAACCGUUUACCAAUACAUAAAGCAAUAUCAUAUAUUUAUACUAAAAUCACAGAACAAUAUAAAUGUGAAGGUCUUAAAUUUCUAAAACAAUAUAACUCAAACACCAUUAAGAUAAUGUUCAUUUCAUGGAAAACAAAAUGGCACCCAUGUUCAUCCACAAAACCAAACCAUAUUUUACAGUAAAGUAUAUUUUUUUUGUAUUGAAAUGGAAGAUCAACAUUGAUUAUGUUUUAAAAUGGUCCGACUUUGAAAAAUUAAAAUAUGUUAAUAGUGGAGCCUCAAUUUAUUAAAGACAUUGGGUAUGCUUAUGGAUUAUAUUUUAUUGCAGAAUAACUAAUAGACUAUUUUCAUAAUACCAACUUUUGAUUCUGUAGUUUCAAUAUUUUAGACAGGUAACCUUCUCUGUGGUAGGACAUCCUGGUACUCAGUCAAGUAAAAGCCUAAAGAAGUAAAAUGAAGCUUACGAUAGGUACAAUUUAGGGGGGUAUUUAACUGUUUAAUGUUUUCUAUACACCACAAAGUCAACGGAUAACAGUUAACUUUCCCCCCAAAAUGCACCGAUUAUAUAUUUUUUUUUUUUUACUUCUUUUGGUUGCUCCUACUUGAACAGAUACCAGGAUGUCUUACCACAGAGUAGGUUACCUGUCGAAAAAUUGAAAAAUCCAGAGUCAAAAGUUGGUAUUAUGAAAAUAGUCUAUUAUUAUGGAAAGAGUAAAUAACAAUUAAGAUUUAUGGAUCUACGUGUAUUUUGCACAAAAUGAUUGUCGAAGGUUUAUAUAUAUUAGCAUAGCCUAAGAUGAGGAAAAAAACACUACAAAAGGUAAAAAAUAAUUAAAAAAAUUAUUUUUGAUAGACAAAAUAAUAAAGGCUUCAAUAAAAAAAAUAUGUAUAUAUAUGCAAGGCCUUAGUUGGGAAACUACAAAGGUUCGAAAGUAAAUCUAUAAAAAUGCAUGAUAAGAUAAAAUGAUGUUUGUAGAUUAGUUCAUUUUCACAGCAUAAUUUAUUAUUUUGUACUAUGGUAAGAGGUUUUUGUCAAAUUUUUAUAUAUUUUUCAAUACUAUAUCGAAGCAAUCACCAUGUCAUAAUCAUCUAAUACAGGAGUGUUUUAUUGAAUGCUGUUACAUUCACUGUAAGGUCAGGGUCACUUCUGUCAAUUUUGUCAAAUAAUUGCUCUAAAGUGACCUUUGUUGUCACUAAAAUUUCACAAUUGUGAGAAAACAAUUAACUACUACAAAAGAUCUGUUUUGGAAAUUUAUCUUUCAUCCUCUGUAGGUAAAGUUGAAGUAAUGUCCUGUUUAGUCACUUUCAGUUUUAGCAAUAAUGUUUUUUUGGUUGUGACCAUGUGUUUACCUUCAAAUGAUGUACAGUUGUUGUGCAUAUCUAGCUUAUUUGUAUAUUUGCAGCAAUGAAAAAUUUAAAUUAUAAGCCUUAGGCAUCUGUGCAAAUAUGUUUUCAUCAUCCACAAAUUGCAGCAUAUGAAUUUAUUGCUUUUAUGGUCAGUGUAGUUAAUAAUAACUUCAUAAUUGAGUUACGAUACUGGCUUUAUUAAAGAUUCUAUAAUACAGUGGGUAGUGCACUGAGCAAGGACAUUACCAGAAUUGACCCUGAUUUUAUUGUAUGUCUAACAACCUUUUUUUUAAAACUGUUAUAUCUUGCCAGUAUUAUUUUAGUGCAAAUAUCUUCCUUCAAUACCCCUUCCUGCCUGAAUCCCUUUAUUUUUCAUCGGCUUGAUAGUGAGCAAUAGAUGUAUUCAUAUAUUAUUCAAAUUUUUAUUUUCAUUGUUGACUCAUAUCUGUUUUUGUUUUGCUUAGGAAUUUAUUAUUUUAUAAUUCAGAGCAUUUAAAAAGGAUGUUUGUACUUUAUUUAUGAAUAGGAUUUACAUUUCCAGCUUUGUUUGAAAUUUAACAGAAAAUUAUGUGAUUCUAUAUAGAAGCAGUCAAAAGUAUUCUUGAACAUUUCGUGUCUAAUGCCUAAAAUGAAGAAUGAUGUCUUCGACUAUGGUGAUAUUUUCUGUGAUAUAUGGAAGGUAUUCUGUUUCACAGGUAUAAACAUUUUUUUAAGGUAUAGACAAAGAAGGAAAAUAUACUAAGCACUAAAUUAAAUUUGCUACCUGCAGAUAAUCUUUCGGAGUUAUAAUUCAAUAUAUGCUUGUAUUUUUUUAAGAUUUUUUAAAAGCAUAUUAUUCAGAUCUUGAUCAACUCGUUUUCCAAAUACUAAGGAAAAAUAUGAUCUUGUGGUUUAAUAUUUAUACCAGAAAACUCAUAAUAGGAUAUGGUUGUAUGAACUGUUGUUUUUAAGUGCUUAGUGCUUUAUAUAUAUUUUAAAAAAACUGUGUAACUGGUUGUAAUGAACAAACUAUAAUAAAAUCUUAUAAACUUCUAUGUAUCAUUGUGAUAUAGGAAAAAAUAUUGCACAGCUUGAGAAGAAAUCUCACUAUGAUUGAAAUACUCUUUUCUAAAAUGUGCCUAUUAUAGUCUAUGAAUCAAAUAAUUGCUUAUGUUUCUAUAGGUGCAGAUAAAUGGGUCAUGGACAUUGUAAAUGUUACUUUAAAGAAUAAAUGUUUCAAAGACCA